AUGGGCCGCCACGACGUCAAGAAGCGCCUCUACCUGAGCCGCCCCGACCCGGACAUCAUCACCACCCGCACCCAAGUCACCCGCUACAUCCCCGAGUCGCGCUCCAGCUCGCGCUCGCGCUCCCGCUCCCGCUCCCGGUCUCGCGACCGCUCCCACUCGCGGCCCCCCGUCGAGGUCAUCACCGUGCCGCGGCCUCCUCCCGCCGUCAACAUCCUGCCUCCCCCUCCGCCGCCGACCCUCCCGCCCGCGCCGAUGCCUCCUCCGCCGCCCCCGGAAAUCAUAGAGGUCAUCGCCGUCAGCGAGGACGAAAAGGAAAAGUCAAAGUCAAAGUCCAAGUCAAAGUCCAAGUCCAGGUCCAAAUCCAAAUCCAAAAAGAAGGAGUCCAAAAAGUCGUCCGAGCGCCACCACCACCACCACCGCUCCGAGAGCCCCUCCUCCGCAUCCUCCAUCUCAAGCCACUCCCGCAGCCGCAGCCGCAGCCACCACCGCCACCGCGAGAUCGACGAUGACGAUGAAGAUGACCUCGACCGCUACCGCCACGACUACGACUACGACCGUGACCGUGAGCGCGACCGCGACCGCGACGUCGAGGAGUCGCGCGACCGGGAGGUCUACGUCGAGAGGGAGCGCUACAUCCCUUAUCCUGUGCCCGUGCCGGCCGAGCCCCAGUACAAGACGUACCGCUACGUGGACGCCCCGCGCAGCCCCAGGCGCAGGCGUGAGUCGCCGUCGCCGCCGCGGUACAUUGACGAUAGGGAGCGGGAGGAGCGGGAGUUUAUUCGUAUCAAGGAUCGCGAAUAUCGGUUCUAG